UUUCAGUGUGUGAUUUGUCAUCUACCGUUUAUUGGAGGAAUCCAUUUACACCAAUAUGUAACCCAAAGCAGUUGGUUGAGUACAUUGUAAUGGACAUUGAUAUACUCAAAGAGCAUGAAAAGAAAGCAUUCCCUGGCCAAGGCAUGGUUCCAGUAAGCAUGUGGUGGCAGACGUGUGGGUUGUCAAAGCCAGUGAGCUCGGCUUGGAUGUCAGUCCAGUUCACACUAGGACACAUUUGGGUCAUAUUCUGAAACCUGGUAUACAGUUCUGGGUUACAACAUCGGCGAUUCCAACGUUAACGAUUCGAACUUCGACAAACUGGACCCCAGUUUAGUUCCAGACGUGUUUCUGGUCAAGAAGUUCUACGGCGAGAAGUCGGCUAGACGUCGUGCGCGUGCCUGGAAACUGAAACAUAUGGCCGAAGAGCUGCAUGAAGGCCUUAGCUCUACAAAUGAGGACUACAACGAUUUCUUGGAUGACUUAGAAGAGGACCCAGCUUUCAGGCAAAACGUGAAUAUAUUCAAGGAUGAACAGAAAAUACCAGUCGACACGGAUGAGAUCGACCCGUCGCUACCUCGCAUCACAUUGGCUGAGAUGUUGGACGACUUGGUCAUCGAAGACGUGGACAUGACCGAAGUCUAAAUAUGUUUUUUAUGUUGAAGUUAAUAUAAAAUUAUUAACAAUA